AUGGAUCAUGUAGGGGGGUAUACCCUGGCUUUGGAUAUGACUGAUUUUGAUCUUAUAGUUGAAAAAGUAAGUCUAUGUGAGCCUGUUUGCUGGAAGAAACAGUGAUUGUACUCAUCAAAUGUGCAAUUAAGCUUUUUUUUAGGAUAUUGUGUGAAAGUUCAGCAUUGAAAAAGUUUCUGUUGAGAGAAGAGAGACCUGAACUUUUAUGACCCCCCCUCCGACAAAAAGAGAAGACCUGAAAAUAAGUUAUAACUACAUGACUUAAAUAGAUGAAAGUCAUAUGUGUUAACUGUAGAUAAAUAAAUGUAUAUGGAAGUGAUCUUCACAGUAAUUGAUUUAUAUGAAUCUUUUUCUGCAGUUGCAUAAUGAUUUUUAUAUAUUUACAGUCAUUUAUUUAUCACUUCAUGGGUUUAUUUGGAACCAACAUAACGACAAGCUCCCAGUUGGCUUGUUAGCUCAGUUGGUAGAGCACUGCACUAGUAUUGCAGAGGUCAUGGGUUCAAAUCCCAUAAUGACCUGAUUUUUUUUCAGGCCUUAAAUUCACUUCUGCUUAAGUAGUUUUUAUCACAGUGAAGAUCACUUCCAUAUUCAGUUUAUAACUACCCCAACAUCCAUCUCCCUGCUUGUUUUCAGCCUGUCACAUCAUGCUACUUCAAAAGUUCUAAAAACUUUGUGAAUUUGGUCAAGGCCUAUGAGUAGCUAAAGACAUAGACUGCACAUUAUUCAAAUCUGUAACUAAACCUUCAAAGAACAGCAAACUUUACCCAGCAGAGGCAAGAGUAGUGUGCUUUGAAUCAUUUUGCAUUUUAGAUUAAUCCUAACUCCCAGAAGUGAUUAACAUGUAAGUUCUCUUCUUAAUAUCCAUAUGCUAUCCAACAAACAGGUAAUGAGAAUAUUCAAACUUAUCAUCAAGGAUAGGCUGUUACAUUGAUCUAACACCAAAUCCUCUACAAGCAAAUAGCAGCUGAAGGGGAGAAUUAACAAUCAGAUCUUGAGAGUUAAAGGGUUAAGUAAUUAUCCUAACUAGGACUCUGAUAAUCAAUUUUUUCUAAGUCAUGGUAACUUCCAUUUCCAGAAUGAAGCCAUAAAACUUACCUACCCAUGGGCACUUGCCAAAGGUUUUGACACAGCAACACCAGUCAGUGAAUUUAUACCCAAAUCAGCAAUUACUGACCCAAACAAUGUGAAACUAUGGUUGAAAGUUGAUGGGGAAAUGAAGCAAGAUGGAAAUACACAGGAUAUGAUUUAUAAGAUACCUCAUUUAAUAAGUUUUGUCAGCCGUUACAUGACAUUGGAGGAAGGGGAUUUGAUUUUGACAGGAACUCCAGAGGGAGGUUCUCCAGUGAAAAGGGGUCAGACAAUAAUUUGCGGACUUGGUGAUAAGAUGGAAAUGACAUUCCCUGUGUCAUCAUAAAGGGCUGAUCUAACAUGUUUAGGAUUACAGAUCUAGUUGGAAGGGUUAGUAAAUAAAAUAUUUCUUUCAGGGGUGUACUACCCUGUAAAAAUUAUGAGUGUGUUGAUCUCUCUAACAUGUUAAAAAACACGCCUGAAAUGCACCAACAUCUUGUUUUCUAUCACCAAGUGAUACCAACAAUAGAAAUGCUACAUCUUGAUCUAAAAUCACAAAUGAGAUGAUUUAAAAUAUAUGGGUGAGUUUCCAUAACCCUUUCACUCCCACAAGUGACCAAGACAGGAUUUCUCCUUACAAUGUCAAUACAAUAUCAAGCAGGCAGGUGAUGAGAAUAGAGAAGAAUAUCAAUUAUGGGAUUGUUAGUUGAUCUUUUACCAAAUUCUCUGAACUAACAUCAGAAGAAUUGUAUGGCAGAUAGUAAGGAGAAUCACUAAUUAGAUCUUGUGAGUGAAAGGGUUAAAAGCUGAUAUUUUCUCAUUACAAUUAUUUUUGUUUUGUCAGAUCUGUGACAUAACAUACUCUUAACCCUUCAAGUCCCACUAGUGACCAAGACAGAAUUUCUCCUUACAUUAUCAAUAUGAUAUCAAAUAGACAAGUAAUGAGAAUAAAGAAAAAUAUCAAUUGGGGGAUUAUUGGUUGAUGCACUUCCAAAUUCUCCAAGUCAACAUCACAUAAAUUGUAUGACAGACAGUAAGGAGAAUUACUCAUGAAUUCUUGGGAGUUAAAAGGGUUAAAAGCUCUGAUCCUUACCAUGAAAAUGGAAGGUUUAAGUACUCCAAAUUUUGCAUUGCUAAAUAUUAAAAAUUAAUUGCAUUGUUGCAAACAUUCCAUGUGUUAGAAAGUAUCAAUUGUUUUAAACUUUCUCUGUCCAAAGUGUAGGCGCAAGAAUUUGUAUUAUCAUUUUUUGUUAGUGUUGGUGUUUCAUAGUUUCAUGUUAGGUGUUUAUUUUCUCAUCUUCAUUAGUGUCCUUUGUCAGUGACCAGUUUUGUACUUGUUAUAUUUAUUUGCAUAUCGUAUAUAUAUUGUUCGUGCGUAAUUUAUUUGGUUAGUUGUCUAGUUUGCAAAAAUUAUUGUUACAUAUCUAACUCUGGGUUUCAUGUUUUCGUCUUUGGUUUGGUCACAUUCAUCUUGUAAGUGUCCUUGUUUAUUUCACUUUGUUGUUUUCCAGUACUUUCACUCAUACGAUGUAAGUUAUUUUAUGCUCAUUCGCGUGUUUGUAAUUUUGUCAUUUUCAGUUACCGUAUUCAACAAUGUGUCAAGUUUGUUCUAGUAAAGUUUGAAAUACGAGUGAUUAGCGUUUGCGGCUAUACAAAAAACUAAAAAUUUUUUUAAAUCAGAUCAAAGUUAAUGCAUACACUUAAUAGUUACUUAAAAUAAAAUGAAAAAAAUGUACAAGGCAAAUGAAUGUGGGCAAAUGGUAACAUUUUUUCAAAUGAUUCUGAAUAAAAUGGAAAAUUUUCGAAUACUGGUCUCAUGAUUUCAAUUAUAUUCAGUGCAGUGUUUCCAUCAUUUCUUCAUGGCUGACUGGCCAUGUUCAGCAACUGAUUUGGUAGAAGUGAUUUUGGAAAAAUUUCUCCCAGACUGUCACAAAUACUAUUAUCCUUUUAAUAUUCCCUUCUUAAAUUCAAUUGCUAAUAGCUUAAGUGCAGAUGACAUAAUUUUGAGCGGGGCUUUACUCUCCAAAAACAUUCUCUUCCGGUAUUUUCUCCCCUCUCUACCCGGGUAGGGUGACGGGUACCCUCCCACCCCGUAAUUUCAUUGAAUCAAGAUAAAAAUGGCGGCUGCAACAUCAUCUUCGAGAGAUCUCCGAAGAUUCGUGGAGUUUGGACGGAAGAUAAUCGCAGUCGGACGAAAUUACAGGUGAGCUUUUUAAAAGAAGUGUAAUUCGACAAUAACUUUAUUCAGUGUCUCCAAACAAAGGAAGAUGAAAGAUUUUAUUGCUUGGUACGUAGGGAACACGCUGCGGAAUUGGGAAAUCCUGUUCCAAAAACUCCACUCAUCUUCCUGAAGCCGCCAUCCAGCUACCUACAACAAGGAGGAAAAAUCAAGGUACUUUGGGAGUGCAAGGCUACAAAUUAGUCACCUAAAGCUUUAAAUUUUUGAUCGUAAAAAUCUAAUGAGGAGGGCUGUACUACAUCGUGGAGGGCCUUUGGAAAAGGGGUAUUGUUGAUCGGAGGUGGGGUGGAGGGCGAAUUCCUAUGACCCCUAAUUUCUAAGUCUUUUGGACCCUAGAAUUUGGGUUUUCUUACACGUAACUUGUACGGUAUAAUUGUGCAUGGACUAUUUUAUUUUCUAUUCUGUUAUUUAUUAACUUGUUUUGCUUGCAGCUUCCUCCAGGUUGUGAUGAGCUUCACCACGAAGUAGAACUUGGUGUUGUAAUUAGUAAGACAGGCGCGUCUAUCGCGGAAUCCAAUGCAAUGGAUUACGUUGGGGGAUAUGCUCUUGCUCUUGAUAUGACUGCAAGAGAUCUUCAAAAUAAAGCUAAAAAGCUGGGUCAACCAUGGACACUUGCUAAAGGUUUUGAUACUGCAUUGCCAGUCAGUAGAUUCAUCUCCAAGACAGAGAUUCUGCAACCUGAUAAUGUCCAUCUUUGGCUGAAAGUUGAUGGUGAACUAAAACAAGAUGGAAACACUCGGGAUAUGAUCUUCACUAUCCCUUAUUUGAUCAGCUAUAUCAGUCAGAGUAUGACUUUAGAGGAAGGAGAUUUCAUUUUGACUGGGACUCCAGAGGGUGUCUCAGAAGUCAAACCUGGACAAACAAUAGCUUGUGGUCUUGGGGAUAAAAUAGACAUGACAUUUCCUGUGGUGUUGUAG